UCACUCAGGGACACGCACCAUUGAAGAAGAGGACAUUCAUGGCGAAUAGGCGAUGCCUCAGUACUCUCACUCGCCACUGCCAGUCUCUAUUAUCCUCCAACGCUUCCCUUCAUAGCCUCAGGACUUUACCUCAUCUUCGCACCCUUCCUGCAUUUGAACCUCUCUCGGUUGUUCCCACCUCACACUCCCAUGACAUCCGUGACUUGGAGUCCAUUUUUGUAGUUCAACCCAGAUUUCUUCGUCAUUUUUCAUCCGGAAGGAGAAAUUCUGAGGGAAGUGACGAUGAAGACGAUGAGGAUCAUGACGGAGGUGAAGUAGAGGAGGAUGAGGAUGAAGACGAAGAAGUGGGAGAAAGUAGUGAUGGAGAUGGGCAAGAUGAAAAUGCUCGGGUGUCGAAUUGCUCUGUGAGUAGAUCCUAUUCAUUGGAGGAGAAGGAGGCGGAAGCGGCCGCGAUUGGGUACAAGGUGAUUGGUCCUCUCGACCCUUCAGAGCGACCCUUUAAGCAUCGGGAGGAGGCUUUUGCUGUUGUUCAGAUUGGUUCUCAUCAGUUUAAAGUGAGCAACGGAGAUAACAUCUACACCGAGAGAUUGAAAUUCUGCGAGGUCAAUGACAAGUUGAUUCUGAACAGGGUUCUCAUGCUUGGAUCAAGGACCCAAACCAUCAUAGGCAGGCCUACGUUGCCAGAAGCAAUUGUUCAUGCAGUUGUUGAAGAGCAUGCAUUGGAUGCUAAGGUAAUUAUAUUUAAGAAAAAGAGAAGGAAGAAUUAUCGUCGGACCAAGGGGCACCGCCAGGAAUUGACAAGGCUGAGAAUUACUAAUAUUGAGGGAAUUCAGAAGCCAGAAAAGGUAAAAGUUGAGAAGCCAGAAAAGGUGAAAGUUGGGAAGCCUGAAAAGGAAAUACUGGAGAAGCCAGAAAAGGAAGCAGUUGCUGCAUAAGUGGACCUCUUCAUCUCUGAUUAGCAAGACUCCAUGUCCUUUUCUUUAUUAUUAUGGAGAUCUGUAUUAGUGAGCAGUAGCAACCUCUGCCAUCCUAAAGGUUGCAUGAAGUGGACACAAGGGCAGGCAAAGGACCUACCAUCAAACAGGUAUCUUGGGAAGAUUGUUGCUGCAGGAAUUAUAGACCAUGUGGAAUGUAUUCUACUUUUUUUAAUUUGCAUAAACGUUGAGUAUUGUGGAAAGGGAAUUUUUUUC